CCGAAAAAGACAAAGAAUAAUAAGAAGAAGAGACCAGCUUUGUAAUUGGAACAGAGGUGUUGAUUGACAGAUCUACUGCGUUUCCUUACAGGACAGAGAAGUGAAGGGACCUGCCCAGGCUUGGAGGUGACGUCACGAAAGGACAAAUGGUUUACCGCGAGGUCAUUCAGUCUCUCCGAGCAGCCAGUUGCAGUUAGCUGAGUGGAGGCGCCAUCUUAAGACACAGAGACGUUGCUCCGCCAGCAGGCAGGACAACACCAUGUACCCGACCGCUUUGACACAGCUGGCCCGGGGCAACCCCUUCAGCGCCCCUCUGUUCAGUCUCCAGAAAGUGGAAGAACCCCAACAAAGCCUCCACGGACAGAAGACACGCAGACUGGCAGCAGCAGCCACCGCAGAAGAGGAUGUCAGCUGCGAGUUUGGCUCCUCAAAGUACUAUGCCCUGUGUGGCUUUGGGGGUAUCCUGAGCUGCGGCAUCACACAUACAGCAGUAGUGCCCCUCGACCUUGUCAAGUGCCGCCUGCAGGUGGACCCAGAUAAGUAUAAGAGCAUCGGCAACGGCUUUGCAGUGACAUUGAGGGAAGAUGGUGUCAGAGGCCUGGCAAAGGGCUGGGCUCCCACCUUCAUUGGCUACUCCAUGCAGGGACUGUGCAAGUUCGGCUUCUAUGAAGUGUUCAAGAUCUUCUACAGCGACUUGCUGGGAGAGGAGAACACUUACCUCUGGAGGACAUCACUCUACCUGGCUGCCUCAGCUAGCGCAGAGUUCUUUGCAGACAUUGCUCUGGCUCCCAUGGAGGCUGUUAAAGUUCGUAUCCAGACCCAGCCAGGCUAUGCCAACACCCUCAGGCAGUGUGUCCCCAAGAUGUAUGCUGAGGAGGGACUCUGGGCUUUCUAUAAGGGUGUGGUGCCCCUGUGGAUGAGGCAGAUCCCUUACACCAUGAUGAAGUUUUCCUGCUUUGAGCGUACUGUGGAGUUGCUCUACAAGUAUGUUGUUCCCAAGCCCCGCAGUGAGUGCACCAAACCUGAGCAACUGGUGGUCACCUUUGUAGCCGGUUAUAUCGCUGGAGUGUUCUGUGCCAUCGUGUCUCACCCUGCUGACUCUGUGGUCUCUGUGCUGAACAAGGAGCAGGGCAGCACUGCUGCCCAGGUCCUCAAGAAGCUGGGACCCAAAGGUGUGUGGAAGGGUCUGGUUGCCCGUAUCAUCAUGAUUGGUACUCUGACCGCCCUGCAGUGGUUCAUCUACGACUCUGUCAAGGUCUACUUCCGCCUGCCCCGUCCCCCUCCCCCAGAGAUGCCAGAGUCCCUGAAGAAGAAGCUGGGCCUCACAGAGUAACCCCCCCCCCCCCCCCGUUCCCUCUACUGAGCUUCAGUCCCCGGCUGACACAUCUGAACCCCCUCCAAACUUCCAGAGUGCAACGCAGUUUUCUAUAUUUAUGUCCACUCCUGCUGCUCUUUACAGAGCACAGGGCUGCUACUAAUGUAUAUUUAAAGAUAAAACAAGCAAGGAGAGAAGAUGGAGCUGUUGCUCUUGGCUUACCAUGAGUCACAGAUAAUAUUCCUUUGUAGAAACACCCGUCUGGUUUUAUCAAGUCCUGUCACAAAAUUGUUAAUUCUAAUAAAAGAAUGGAAUUCCCUG